AUGUCUGUCGACACUACUCUCUCUAAGCGCCGACGAUUCCAAACCCCGAUCACAAACUUCUUCCCCUCAGUACCCUCACAUCCACAAUCUUCGGGUAGCUGCGCCGUGACGAACGACCAUUACUCUGCAAGAACAUUCUCUGCGACCCCGGUGGUUCCAGCAAAGAUUCAAGCCAAUCUCCUCUCAGUCGGCAUGAGAGUCCGCAAGUCUGUUGGAGAUGGGUACAAGACUCAGUUAGCGAUGAAGGUCGACAAGCCCCCCAUUACAGCUGAGGCAUAUGUUGCCCAGUCACAUUCUGGAAACACCCGCCCUGCCGAACUUGCGCCUUUUUCGGGCCUUGUCAAAUCCUCAUACGACUCACAACCCACAUCCGAUCAUGUCAUCACCGACGACGGCGAUGCCUUUUCUCUUCCUCCGAGCAGCCAAGAAUCAACAGUUUCUUCUGUGUCCCACGCUAGUGCUAUGAACACACAGAAACGACAGUUCGACACUGAAGACGAUUCUGAUGACGAGGCCUGGACAGAUGCACCUGUUGGUCGAACCAUCAUCUCCCCAAAACUCGGUCUUCAGAGACGCCACAUUCUUGCUCAGCGUGCGAGCAGCCGAUCCACUAUGGAUCUGGAUGAUUUUGGAGAAGCCCCAUUCCUCUGUCGACGUGAAGAAGUCGACGCAGAUUACGCCCCAAUGGACUGUGCGUGA